CACACCUCUAGCUUUAAUAAUUCUACCACCUGCUUGAGAAAUACUUGCUCUGAAAAACCUAAAUGAGGAAAGAGUUAUUGACCGUUCUAUCUUGCAAGCUUGUACAAGUUUAGUGACCCAGAUUGUAAUUUACCCAAUUACUAUGCGUUAUGACUUGUGAGCGUACGAAGUAUGAACUAUGAAGCACUCUUUUCCCGCCUAACCGCAGUCAGCCGUGCUAUCUCGAGACAUGAAAUCACUACACCGUCCGAAAUUUUCCUGUGGGUCUCUCUCUCGAUCAGUCUUCAUUCCAGAGUCGUAGGUAAGAUGCUCUUGUCUCUUUCAAAUUUCUUUUUGGGUGGGAAAAUGUAGGGUUUUCUUCCUUCAUGCCGUUUUCGUCGAGAUAUUACCGCUUCUUUUUGCUAUACGUAUUUCUGGGUUUCCUUUUUUUCCCUUUUCAAUAUUCUAAAAAGCUACAAUCUUCGGCUCUGAAAUGGUAUGGGUUGUGUUAGAUUUAUCAGGAUACUUACUGUUGUGGUACUGGGUUAUGCUUAAUUGACUGAGAUUUUGUUUAUGUGGACGGUAAAUUAGCAAAGAAGGAGUUUCAACCGAGAGUUGUGUGUAGAGAACAAGAGAUUUGGUACUUUGCUGGGAGAACCUCAGCGGUAGUAGAGGUCUUGGCUUCAAGGGGAAAUUUGUUUGUUCAUCGUAUAUCUGAAUUGAACAUGGAAUCAUAAAAAUGAUGAACUAGCGUUUUCACUCUCUUCUUUCAGUCCGUUGGGAGAGAGCUAUUUCUCCGGUUCAUCCAUGUCGGUGGAAUGAUCUUUAUAACACAAUUAUCGAAGCUUAUUUAAGCAUGUCAACUAUGAUUUACCAUCUCAUAAGAGUUGUAAGUCCUGCAGUUAGAGGGACUCUAACUCUAGACCACUACUACUACUCCACACCACUAAACCUCCACACUGUAAUAUCGCCUUAUAGAUACUUCUCCACCAACGAAAGCACCUCCAACCAGCACUAAUCAGCGGUAUCUUACCUCAUUAACUCAUGGGCCUCCCUAAAAUCCGCUCUCCAUGUUUCCAAACUUCUAAAAUUCCAGCCUCAAGAACAAACCGACCCAGCCCUUGCUUUCCUGAAAAACUACGGCUUCUCACAAACCCAAGUCUCCCUCCCUGCCAGAAACCACCCCAAUUUACUUGUCUGCAACGCGGAAGAAACAAUUAUGCCAAUUUUCCAGUUCUUUGAAUCCAAAGGCUUCUUGAGGUCCGAGGUUGUCAAGUUGGUGACCAACUAUCCACACCUGUUGGGCAGAAGCUUGAAGGAGUACAUCAAACCCCGGUUUCUUUUCCUGAGAGAUUUGCUUCAGUCGGGUGAUGAAGAAGUUUUCGUGGUCAUGAAGCGAGCUCACUACUUCAUGAACCAAGACGUUCGAACUUUCCUGCCACCUGUCAUCAACUUACUCCGUCGCAAUGGAUUCCACGAAUCGGGUGUCCGCAAACUACUCUUUUACUGCCCGGGAAUAUUUAGAAUGAAUCUCGAUAAGCUUAACAAGAUUGUGGGGUAAGCGAAGGAAAUGGGGUUCGAACCUGGGAAGAUGAUGUUCAUCGAUGUGAUUAGCACCUUUGCCUCCCUGGCGAAAUCGACAAGGCAGGGGAAGUUCGAUGUGUACAUGAGAUGGGGUUUGUCCGAGGAAGAGGUUUCAGCUGCGUUUCAAAAGAGGCCCUUCUUCCUCAACCCCUCUGAGGAGCAGAUAACGGGAGUUAUGGACCUGUUUGUGAACAAGUUGCGGUGGGAUGCUUCUUUGGUUGCUAUGAACCCUGUGAUUGUGUCGCUCAGUCUGAAGAAGAGAUUGCUACCGAGAGCAGCGGUUUUGGAGUUCCUAACUUCGAAGGGACUGGUCAAGAAGGAUUACAGGGCGCCGUAUUUCUUCAUCAUGACUGACCAACUUUUCUUUAGCACACAUGUGCAUCCGUAUGAUGAAGCUCUUGAGAUCCAUAAACUGUAUGUUAGCAAGCUCUCUCCUUCAUGACUUGAUGACUAAAAAGUGAAAGCAUUGCUUUCUACUUCUGUUCAGUUCAUCUCUUAUCUUUCGUGGCAUGGUAGUUGUAAGACUUGUCUAUGGAGGAUUAGUGGUUAUGGUUCCUAUUGAACUCUUCCUAAUGUCAACUUGGUGAUCUAACAUCUUUGUGAUAGACAACUGCAGUGAAGCUUGAUAUCAUUACCAGGUCUGUUCUCUUUUCUUUUCCCUAUAUUUUGUUGUGAAAUUGUAAAUGGCAAAUGCAUUUUUUUUGGAUUGUUGGUUUGGUAUUUCCGGUACAGCCCAACUUUUUUUAUUAUACCUUUCCAGAUUACUGCUUGUACCAGCUGCUAUCUUUGUAGGAAAUUCUUCUCAACUUGAAUGUUGUAUGCACAUCUAUAAAUUUAAAGGUUUAAC